AUGAUGGAUCCGCCUGCCGCCAUGCAUGAGACUGAGUGCAACGAUACACGACAGCACUAUCAAUCAUCUAGGAGUACCAAAUCCAAGGCACAGACCUAUGUACCAUAUUACUACGUUCCUAUCGGCGAGCAGACCGCUGAGGGGUCAGAACGACAGAACCUGGGAGCUCGGAUCAAGUUUCUCGCACGUUGGGGACAGUCUUUGUGA